AUGAGAGGAGAGCCUACACCGGGGGCCCCAGGUGUCUACCAAUUCACUAUUAAUAACACAAUCCCCGUGGCUAGGAAUAAGUGGGCCAGCCGAGAAUAUCAUACGGAACCACUCAGCGGUUAGAACGCUAGAAGACCCUCGACAGACUAGGUGAAAAAGAAAGCUCUUGGUCCUUUAACUCACCAGAUGCUUUCUCUGUGGGGAAGUACAGGCACUCGGAUUCUACCCAAGAAUUUGCACAUGUUAGCUUCACACCGAGAAUAAAUCCGCGAUGUUACUGGUAUAUAUAUUACCAUGGAGAGGUCUGUGCUGUCCAGAUGGGCCGAGCAAUCACACAGAUAAUUUGGCUCAUCUAAAAAGCUGUCACAGUGACAGAAGUAGGAACUAAAUCCAACCCCUGUCCCUGGUAAUAGGCUUCCCUACAUUUUUACCUACAACAGUGGCCUACCUGUAAUGCAAAAUAUGUCAGUCAUUUUAAUUUUGAAUGUAAUACACUGCAAUAUAGAAAUCAAUAAUUUUAAAUGAAAUUUUUUUUAAAAAAAAAAUAGAACAUUUUCAUUAAUAUUGUAUAAAUGUAAUAAGAACAAAUUAGUUAAUAUAGGUAUAUUUUUUAUUUCCCUCUGCAGUAGAUAUAGGCAUCUAUCUCAAAAUACCUAAUCAAAUUUAUAUACAUCCAAUUUUAUGAUGUUUAGUCUAAAUUUUAAUAUUUUUAGUGGUCUCUAGUAAUAUGUACUAUAAAAUAUAAAUAGUUACUUAAUCAUAUUUUUUUUCCAGAUCUAUUGGGAGAAAAAUUGUUCAAUUUCAUGGCUGACAAUAAAUUCCAAAAAUAUCAUCAAAGCACUGAUAAUAUUCUAUUGACCAGAAAUCACAAAGACUUAAGUUCGUUCCGAAAUUUAAACGUCAUUAUUACACAUCAUGAUGCAAAUACUGAAGACAAAUAUGAAUCAGCGUUAUUAGGAACCCUUUGCACACAAUGUUCACGUCAAUUAUGAUAAUUAUACCUAAUAAUUCAUGUAAUACAGAUAGUCAUUUAAUUUAAGCACUUAAAUAAUUUCUAUAUAAUGAAUAAUUACCAAUUAAAAGCUUUACUUCUUAAAAUAGGAAUGUUCAGAUUCGUCUUAUUUUAAGAUCAUUUUUUUUUUUAAGUAAAUGCUGAGUUUCAAUAUCAAUUCUUGAUGGUUAAAAUGUUAGGCAAACUUUUACUUGUUUUUUUUCUUUUUAGUAGAGGAGAAUGUGUUUUGUAUUUUGGUCAGUUGCAUAAAGAUGAUGCCACAGGUGUUGAUAUUUGGGUUGAACAAAUGAUGGAUGUAUAUAUGUAA